UAAAUGUUUUGCAAUUUUUUUUAAUUACUAUUGGAACAGAAACACCCUGUGAAGUUUGGAGCUGGACAGUGUCAGAGCGAUAUGGGACCCAGCAGUGCGGUGGUGUAUGAUACUGGAGACAAAGAUUCAACUGCAAACUUAUAUGGACCGUCUGUUGGAAAGGAGUUUGAGUCCGGCUUCAUCUCCUUCAGAGUGUUUAACGCUGAUCAAGCAGCCGUGGCCAUGUGCUCUGGAGUUAAACCUGCUGAAUGCAAUCCUCAACGUUAUUGCAUUGGUGGAGGAGGAUUUUUCUCAGACCGUCAGCAGUGUGGAGACUUCACAGCUCUGGAUCAAGCAUCUAAACAUCUCACUCAAUCAGCUGUGCUGCUCUUCUAUCGUUAAGAGUCUCAUUAAGAGAUGUGAAACAUCAAACAUCAGCACGAGCCUCACUCAAUGUUGUUUACAGUAAAUCAAAUGCUGAGCUGAACUGUACAUGUACAAAGUUGUUAAAACAUCAGUGUUUCCUGUUUGAAGUAUGAUUGUUGGUAUCAAUAAACCUCUGCAAGAAUA